UCACAUUUCUGUACAUAAAACUCUAGCUCAGUUCAAAGUUGACCUUCGCACUGAACAGUUGUGGCAGUCGCAGUUAACCGAAAUUUCACCGCUCUGGUCUAACGUUAAUAUUUCAAGGAUAAAGUGUUCAAAUUAAAUCGUGCAAAAUGGAUUGUGUUCCUGGUGGAUCCGACACAAACGUAAUAAAAUGCACGAACGAAGAAAUAUUUAAUAUUAUGAAAACAAAGAUGAAGGAUAGCGUGUCAGAACAAAUCGAAAUUUUAGAAGCAGCAUGGACUGAGAAAUUAGGGCGCAACAUUUGUAUUCUUGCAGAUCAAAAGCCUGCAUUUUCUAAAUAUUUCCAUUCACUCCGAAUUAAAUGGCAAAACUGCAAUAGAACGGAGCAGAAUUUCAAAAAAAAAUACGCCAACUGGCUAUUAAACACUGCAGAAUUUAUAAUAAAAGACGAAUCUCUGUCAACGCAAUCGAAAACAGGUCGUCCAUCUUUAUCAUUUUCUGAUGCGUCUGACCGAUCGAGGCGCAGAAAAACAGAAGAACUUCGCACAUCUAACACCACUGAAGAAUUAGCUUACGCUACUCAAAUGAAUCUUCGCUUUUCAGGACAAUUAAAUGCUUCGAAAAUUGUAAAAGAUGUAACUUUGACAAGCCCAACAAGAGCUACUAAAUAUAUGAAAGCUGCUACAUCUCAAGUUGAACAAACUUUAUCGAAUGAUGCAGCAUUGUCAGUUCUAAUUGAACACAAGUUCUCAAAACGUACGUAUCAAAGUAUUAGAAACAUAGGCAAAGAAAAUAACUGUAAAUUAUAUCCAUCCUAUAAUAAUGUUGUAAAAUCUAAAAGACUUUGUUAUCCACCACGUACUGACAUCACGAUCAAAGAGAAUUAUGCUGAAGUAAAAUUACAAAGUAUACUAGAUCACACGGCACAACGUAUUUUAUUACUGCAAAGGGAAGUUAUUGGUACUUUGAGCAUUGAAAACAUUAAAAAUUUGCAUCUUACUUGUAAGUGGGGUUGUGACGGAAGCUCUGGACACAGUGUUUAUAAGCAGAAAUUUAACGAAGCCGGCAUAUCAGAUGAAAAUGUGUUCUUCACGUCAUUUGUGCCAUUACAACUUGUUUGUAAAGACGAAAAAUUAGAUACGGAUCUUGUAAUAUGGCAGAAUCCUAGAACAUCAUCUCCUAGGUUCUGUAGACCAAUAAGACUACAAUUUGAACACAAAAAUGCUGAAACAACAGCUCAUGAAGUAAAUGAUAUUGAACAACAAAUAAAUUCGCUUAAUCCCCUUGUGACACAAGUACAUGGCAUGGAGAUCCGCGUUCAAUAUAACAUGAAUUUCACGAUGAUUGACAAUAAGGUUUGUAAUGCAGUGUCAGAAACGAAAUCAACGUUACGAUGUUAUUUAUGCAAUGCUACAUCCAAGGACUUCAAUGAUAUACGUAAGAUGCUACAAAGAAAAGUAGAAACAAGCAAUCUCCGAUUUGGAAUUUCGACACUGCAUGCCUGGAUACGUCUUUUUGAAUGCUGUUUGCAUUUAUCGUACAAACUUACAAUUAAAAAAUGGCGAGUAAAUUCUGACGAAGAAAGAGAAAUUGUCGAGACACGUAAGUCGAUCAUUCAAAGAGGAUUUCAAACACAAUUAGGAUUAAUAGUCGAUCGUCCAAAGCCUGGUUGUGGAAGUACCAAUGACGGCAAUAUGGCAAGACGUUUUUUCGAAAAUUCUACAACAUCAGCCACAAUAACAGGCGUAUCCGGAAGCCUUAUAAAUCGAUUUCACGUCAUUCUGCAAGUUAUCUCUAGUGGUUUCGAAAUUGAUAACGAAUUAUUUAGAGCAUAUUUUUUAGAAACUGCCAAUGAGUUCGUAAAAUUAUAUCCGUGGUAUUACAUGCCGACAUCUAUUUAUAAACUCUUAAUUCACGGCCCGGAAAUUAUAGAACACUUUUUACUGCCUAUUGGACAAUUGUCCAAAGAAGCACAAGAGGCACGUAAUAAAGAUAUUAAAAGAUUUCGUGAAGAUUUUACGCGAAAAUGCUCUAGAGAAAAAACGAUGGAAGAUGUUUUUAAUCGAUUGAUUAUUACUUCAGAUCCGUAUAUUUCAAGUAUACGAAAACAACCACGAAAAUUUUUUAAAUUGUUAUUACCACAAGCUCUUGAAUUAUUAACUUCUUCGACAAUCCCUGUAUCAAGCACUGAUAAUUUACAAAUUGCUAUUAAUUAUGACAGCGAAUCUUCAGUUACUGAUAAUGAAUCCGACGCUAAUUGCGAUUCUGAAAAUGACGAAGAUUUUUGUUUGUAAAAAUUUUUUAACUUAUUUACAAUAUUUUA